GCACGCGUAGGGUUCUCCGUGAUAAGACCAGCCGCUGCGGCAAGUCUGGCGCAGAAGAAGAGCGGCAGCUGGAGAUGUCAGACGCUGCCUUCUGAGGAGCGACUCGUAACGCGAUGGAGCGAGGAAGGGAUCGCUUACACCUGAGAAGAACUACUGAACAGCACGUGCCAGAGUUGGAAGUCCAGGUCAAGCGUCGAAGGACAGCCUCACUGAGCAAUCAGGAGUGCCACCUGUACCCACGCGCUCCGCAGCAGCAGCAGGUUCCUGUGGUGGAUUUCCAGGCCGAACUGAGACAGGCGUUCUUGGCUGAGACACCAAGAGGUGGUUAAAGCAGUAUUGCAACAUCAAGGAGGUGGAAGUCAAGGAAAACAGGACCUAUCCACUAUCUUUAAAAUCACCAGUCAAGCUUACAUUGUGUCUAAGCAAACCUGCAUCACACCUUUAUUUACAGCCCUCCCAAAAGUGUUAAAAAUCUUGAAAUUUUACUAUCGAAGUGUCUAUUGUGGAA